AUGACAAUCGGAGAUGAACGCUCUGACAUGUCAGCUUUCCCUCUGGCAGCUGCUCGCAGGUGUUUGUCUGAAGUCUCUACUUUGGAUCUUCUGAGCAUUCUACCUCCUCACCGGUUUCCAUACAAACCUGGUCAACUCGUGCCCAUUUCCACAAGGGUCAGCGGGGCGCCGUCACGCGCGCCCGCGCCGUUUGCAAAGCCCAAGCGCGCCGCGUCACGCGCGGGUGGCGAUCGCCGCGGCCGCUCCGCCGCCGCAGCCACGCGGACUCCGGGCGCGAGGGGGCGGGAGGUAAAAGUGGCUUGUUCCGAAGCGGUGGACUUGCCGUGCACCGUCCACCUGGACCCUCAGGGCCCCUACAGAGUCUUCUGGGUCAAGCUGACGGAGCGGGGCGAGGAGAGGCUGGGGGUGCCCCAGGAGGGUCUGCAGGACCACCGGCAGAGGGAGGACUCCUUCGAGGCCCCUGGUGGACGGCUGCACCUGAAGAUCCAAAACGCUAGCGGCUGCCACUCGGGGACAUACAGGUGCACCGUGGAGGAGCUGGACGGGCAGAGAAACCAAAGCGGCACCGUGACCUUGAAAGUGACAGGAUGCCCUAAGGAGCGCAAAGAAGAGACUUUUCAGAAAUACAGAGCCGAGAUCGUACUGCUGUUGGCGCUGGUCGUCUUCUACUUAACACUCAUUAUUUUCACUUGUAAGUUUGCACAACAACAGAGUAUUUUUCCAGAUUUUUCUAAGCCUGUCAUGGAACGAGCUUUUCUCCCAGUCACCUCUCCACAUAAACAUUUGGAGCCAGUGACUCUUCACAAGACAGAACUGGUAUGAGCAGGAUUUCUGCAGGUUGUGUUUCCUAACAUCGAAGAAGGUUCAGUGGUAUGCCUGUACGUCCCAUAGGACAAGAGAAGAAUGAGCCCCACACCGAAGAAAGCAUCCUUCCUGUGAAGUCCUUCUGAAACCCCUGACAGCGGGUCCCAGCCCCCUUUUUUGUGAGCAGGACUUGGGAAGCCAUUACAUGACCACGUAGCAUGGGGACCCCUACGGGGAGGGCCUAGUGCCGCUGCUCCACGGCUACCUUCUUCGCAUUUUUCUCAGCUAUCUGGUCAACCCCUUGGAAAUCUUUUCAGUCAUAUACAAGCUAUGGUGAGAUGCAGUUGGAAAAGGGUCUUGGGAAAUACGGAUGCCCGGAGCCGGCCCUGUGAUAGACUCUCGAGGACCGCUGUCCUCUGCACAUCUGGAAAACAUCCCUUUGAAUGUGCUGUGUUUUCUUAUACUAGCCCAGAUGGUUUCUGUCUGGGAGAAAUCGACAGGCCAAACUGUGAGACAGUGGGGAAUAUUUAGCAAAUAAUUUCCCACUGUGAAGGCUCUGCUAUUAUUAAAAGGAGUACUGUGUGUACGAAGAAAUAACAAGUCGAAGAACUGUUCCGCAAUGGGGACUUUUCAUCUGGGAAGGACACCCAUAAAGAAGCAAUAAAGAAAGUGCCACGUUUAUUUUUAUACCCAUAGACGCCUGGCAAAGAAGGAUUUGUCUUUUGUUCUCCUUUUGAAAUCUACAUCCAUAGUCAGGUGUCAGGGCUCAUGGACGUGGCCUCAGUAUGGAGAUUGAGUGAGAGGUCAGAGAGCAUGACCGCAUGACAGCCAGCUAGGUGAUGACCUGCUGGAAUGCUGGCCCAGUCAUGCAGUCCAGCUUCGAGCCCCAGUCGUCCCACUACCUGGCUCUAGGAUCUUGAACAGGGUCCUCGUGAUUUCUACGUUCUCAGUUGUAAACCGAAAGGUGUUGUCUGAGUUGAUUGCAAUAAUGUAUGUGAAAAUGCUUUGGAAAAGCAUAAAGCACUAUAAAAAUUUGAA